UUCGUCUGGAGAGGUUUGAUGUUAGUAGGGUCCAAACAACACAUUUCAAGAUGCAGAAAACCGUGGUAAAUGAUCUCCCAGAAGAGACGAAAAUAAACGUGAAAAGAUUUCCGCGAGAGCUCCUCUAUCUCUCAGCGAUUCUCCUGAUGUUGGUUGCUCUGGUGGCCGGCUAUUCCCUGUGGGUAAUGACCCACUCCACGGGUUCUCCGAACAAAGGCCUGCACAUACUCGAUCGCAGCGAAUGGCAGGGGGAACCCCCGAGCGGAAAGUAUCCGCACCUUAAGCUGCCCGUAUCCAAUGUGAUUAUCCACCACACGGCAACCGAAGGAUGCGAGCACGAGGAUGUUUGCAUAUACCGAAUGCAGGUCAUUCAGGCAUACCACAUGAAAUCUUUGGGCUGGGUCGACAUUGGCUAUAACUUCCUAGUGGGCGGCGAUGGUCAGAUCUACGUGGGACGCGGCUGGCACAUCCAGGGUCAGCACGUCAAGGGAUACGGUGCCAUAUCGAUAAGCAUUGCCUUCAUCGGAACCUUUGUGAAUAUGGAGCCACCGGCUCGACAAAUUGAAGCGGCCAAGCGACUUAUGGAUGAGGGAGUCCGACUCCAUAGAUUACAACCGGACUAUCACAUCUACGCCCAUCGCCAAGUUAGUCCCACCGAGAGUCCUGGCCAGAAACUAUUUGAGCUGAUGGAGCACUGGCCACGGUUUACGCCCAAUGUAACCUCAUUGCGCCUCCUUAGCAAUUCCACUUUGAAGUUCGUAACCCGCCCAUAUUGGCUAGCCCAACCAGCCACAGUACCACUUACCCCACUCCAACUGCCCGUACAGAGCGUGAGAUUCGUGGCCACCAAUACUGAAUCUUGUUCCACACAAGCCGAGUGCAUCUUUCGAGUGCGUCUAUUGCAAAGCCUCCAUAUCGAGAGCAUUGGUUACAAGGACAUUAAUUUUAAUUUCGUUGCGGCUGGAGACGGCCAUAUCUACGAGGCCAGGGGAUGGGAUAACAGCUGCGAAUCCUCUUCAGAUGGUGAUCGACAGGAUUCCAAAGAACUUGUCGUGGCCUUUGUGGGCCCUUCAGGUAGCAAUAAAAAGCUAGCCCUAGAGCUGAUACAACAGGGCAUUAAACUGGGUCACAUAAGUAAGGAUUAUAAUCUAAUAGACGACUCAGAAAAAUAAUAGAAACCCGGGGAGAAGCUUUACCAGUGAUAUCCCUGUGCCAUCUUUAAAAGUGAUACUAAUUUAAGAACUAUUUAAAGUCGUCGAAAAUAUCUCAUAUCGUAUAGUUAAAAAUAUCAUUCGCAUUUAUAGAAAUAAACAUGCCUUUAUUGAGUUUCAA